AGAAUGAUAAUCACUGACACUUGUCAUCAACAUCGUACAACAUCAUACUUCAAAAAAUUAUCUUGAGUUUUUCACAGCCUCCAAACAUCAAAAAGACACUAUGGCCGGACCUUUGAAACUUAUCACAUGGAACACUUGUGGAAUUAGAGACACUGCUGAUGUCCAACAGAAAAAAGAAAUGAUUUGUCAGUGGCUGAAUGAACAACAAGCAUCUGUUGCAUUUCUUCAAGAGACACAUAUAGGUAUCAAUAACGUUAAACAUGUUGAAGACAUUCAUGGUUGGAAAGCAUUUUAUAGUGUUCAUCAUCCACGUAGCAAAGGUGUUGCAAUAUUGAUAAAAAAUGAUUUGCCUUUUGAGUAUAUAAAACAUGACAUGGACCCCACAGGCAGCUACAUUGUACUCAUUUGCAAAUUAUACAGUAAAUGCUUCACUCUAGUUAAUGUAUACAACCAUGCAGAUGAACACAAGGUGUUGCAGUGUCUUUCUGAAUAUCUAUAUCAGACUGCCAAAGGUGUCUUGAUAGUUGCAGGGGAUUUCAAUACUGUUCUAAACCCAGAUCUUGACCGGGAGUAUCCAACAGGAAAUACAGAGCCCCUUAGACCUUAUCUCGAGGAUUUCAUCUCAUCUUUAAUGCUUGUAGACAUCUGGGGACAAAACAAUCCUUAUGAGAGAGAUUCAUUCACUCGUUUUCCGUGGAAAAUAUCCAAACAGCAAAUCAAAAAAACACCAGGUCAGAAGAAAACGAAGAGGAGGGGUGCAUCAAGACUAGACAUGGUCUUCAUGCAGCGGAAUGAACUGUGGCUUGCUGAGAGCUGUGAAAUCCCCAAGGUUCCAAGGCAUAAUAUAUCAGAUCACCACCCUGUAGUUCUGAGUCUGUGUUUGCCAAAACCAAAUAACACCACAACAGUUCUCUCAAAUGACCCGACAGCAUGUUCCAGUGGCAUAAAGAAUAUGGUCAUUGAAAAGAGGCCUUAUAAGAGGAUACCAGGUGAAAUUAGUGAAGCUGAAGUUUUGAAAGCGUUAAUGUCGCUUGUAGAAUAUGAAACCCCACUUGGGGAAAAUGUGCAAACAAUUAAGAUUAACAAAGAGCAAAAAUCACAAGAACUUAAAGAGCUUUUUAACACAAUGAUUAGAGGAGGAAUUCCUAAGGGCUUCACUGACAGUGUGAAAGAAAACGGAAGGUACUACUUUAGAGCAGAGUACAUGAUACUUGCCACAAUACUUCUUAGGCGAAUGGAAAAAUUUCUUCAGCCCUCAUUCAAAAGCAAACCAAUGAAAAUGAGCUGCAAACUCUUCAUCAUUGUUAGCUUUCGCAGCACGCCCAAAAAAAUCAAAAGAGAUUAUUUAAGACAAGCUUUAAAAUCACUGAAGCGCAUCCAUCCAUCGCCCCCACGCGAUUUCAAGAUUUUGGAAAAGCUGCUUCCAAGCACUGGCCAAUAUAAAGAGCUUAGAGAAGGCUGCCCACUUACACCAACUCUUCUGACAAUGGCUCUGAAACACCUAGCCUGUGCCUUAAAGAACGAUUUGAAAGAAUCUGUGGUUGAUGUGUGCCAUCAUAGAAAAUGCAUUACCAUCUACAUGAAUACUGUCCAGUAUCACAUUCUAAAUCAAAACAUUAACAAAUUUCAAUUGCAAUCAGGGAUUUCUCUUUUACCAAAAGUAGGACAGGUUUGGAAAAGGAGAAGGAAUUCAAACUCAUAAAAGGCUAUAUCUGUGAGUAAUGUUGUGCAUGAAACAUGCAUGACAAUUUAAGGUCCAGAACGGGAAUGGUGUAGAGACGAAACAUAGGAUGGAUGAUUAGGAUGCAAAUUAUUUCCUCAAAUUAUUAAACAAGUGUCACAUUCUGAGUUUGUUUUUGUCUUCUUUUUUUUUCUGUUCCAUUCAUGCCUGAGUUUCAUAGAUGUGCCUUGUCCAAAUACCCACACUUGCGGUAUUGGCCACUUGAGAGCUCGUGUACGCGACAGGAAGUAAGUCCGCAAGACUGUCCCAUGUCUUAAAAAUGCCCAAGUGCAGUGCCCUUAAUGCACACUAAACCCACGCUACCUCGAAUACCGCUUCUGAGCGGUAUUCGAGGCUAAGCGUAUCCCAUCAUGCAUUAUGUUCGGGAUCUCGCAUGCUCCGAAAUCGCGAGAUGUCAAGGAAAACAUACGACUGUAAGUUAAAUUACUUAUAUAUUACAUAUAAUUUGAUAGUAAAAUAUAAAGUGUUGCACAUUUUAUUGAUGCAAAGAUGAGUAGGCUAUGUGUAUUUUGUACAUGUGGAAAUACAUCAUGUAAGUAGACAAGUGGUCAAGUGCAAAGACCGCAAGUGUGGGUAUUUGGACAAGGCUUUAGUUUUCUAGUAUGUUAAUUCGUUCUGUUCUCUCCAUCCCUGCUUGUUUGUUUCCAUGGCUACACAUUGUUUGAUUCAUUCAGUUCAGGUGUUCUUUGUUUAGUUACCCUUUGUUUGCUCUGUGUAUAUAUGCCCUCAGUUUUUAGCGCCUUUGUCUGGUAAUGUUUGUGUUUGCAUGUUGGUUGAAAACAUAUCUCCUAGUUUUUCUCUUGGAUUUUGGUUUAAAAAAGAACUGUUGUGAACUCUCUAUCAUUGUGUGCUUUGAUCACAGCCACAGAACGUGACAACAAGCUUGUAAUAAUGAAAUAAAAUCUAAA